CAUGUCUAGCAUCUUUUCCCAGUUGAAAGGGUUCAACAGAGACACUCUAAAGAGUGUAGAAACACGCAUAACCACUGCAGACGGCAAAAAGGUGGAGACUCACUGGCAUAUGCUGCGGGACGAGGCAGGGGUAAGAUCAGUGGAGGAGCAAGGGAACAGAGGUCUGGGGUUCUGUCCCGACCUCCAGCCAGAUCUCUCAGUGGGCGUGGCACAGGAGAGGCUCCUGGUUGGCUCUCAAGACGUGGCCCAUCAUCUGGGCACCCUUCGCCAACUGGGAGUCACUCACAUCCUCAAUGUGGCCUGGGGUGUCCCCAAUGCC